GUGUUUACACUAAGGUGGAUUUAAAUAAAAUGUAUUUUUUAAGUUAAUUUUACAAUAAAAUAAUUUGAAAAGUUCAAUUCAAAUUACUAAUUAAUAACAAUGUACACAUAUAAUUUUUAACAUAAUCAUUAAUUUUCGUUUAGUUGGAGAUCUUUUGGAAUGAUCAUAUAUUCAAUUAUAUAAAAAUAAUUAAAUUAUAAAUCUAUAUUUUUAUGUAAAGAAAUGAACUGUUUUAAAUAUAUUUUUGGAACUUCUUUAUGACUACUGAAGUACUUUAUGACUAAAUGUUGUAUAAUGAUGAAAUAAAUAUAAUUAACUCAUGUUUAUAUGAUAUUAUUUUUUGAGAAAUGGCGUCUGAUCCAAAUACAGUUGCAGCGAUUCUGGAAGAAGUCAAAGAAGAUGUUCAUACAAAUCCUAUUACUACUUCACCGCAUCAUCCUUUAAACACUAAUGAUGCUAAUAAAAUUGUUAUAUAUGUACAAGAUAAAAAUCGUUUCAUUAAAAGUGACCAACAUAGUUUAUUUAAAAAUAAAAAUCAAAUUCAUUUAAUUGAUAAAUCCAACAAUCUUAGACUCAUAGCCAUUAAAAUUCAACACUUAUGUGAAUCAUUUGGCACCAUCAGUCAAGGUAUUUUAGCUGGAAUUGCAUUUACCCAGCUAUUUCUAGGUGAACCUUCUGAGGGGUCACCAUUAAUAUUGAUGUUUUUUUUCCUAUUAUCAGCUGUAUGUUUAUGGACAGUUUUGGAUAUAUUCGAUUUAAACAAAUGCAAGAGCUUUAAAUCAAAAUAUAUAAUAGUGCUAUUUUUGAAUGUAUUGACAGCUUUAGCAGCCUUUGCUUGUACAACUUAUGAUACAGCAGUUAUGUCUGGCAACAAAGUUGAAACAAAAAUUUCAGAAACAUGGAGUGCAUUGAAUUGUUGUAGAUGUUAUGGAGCUUUAUUUGGUUGGGUUGCAAUUAUAGUUAUCAAGCCAAAAAACCAAUUAACGGAAUUUUUGAUAUCUCAAUAGCUUUAAUAUAUUUAUUAUAAGUUCAUUAACUACCAAUAGCUAUAUUAAAAAAAAAACCUUUGCACUCAAUUAAUGAAUUACUGUUUACUUAAUUAAAUGUUUUAUGUAAUAUUACUACUACUUAUUUUAAUUCCAUUUCAUGCGAUCAAAAAAAAAAAAUCAAAAUUUUGAUAUUGUAUUUUUUUCUUUUUUGUAUAUAAAUAUGCUAUGUAUUGAUUUUA